AUGCCCUCCGACGAGCCCGCCGCGGCCGUGCGAGGCAUCGUCUUUCGUCCGCAGCGCUACACGUUGGAGGCGCUGCACCAGGACGAGCCGCGGCCACCGCAGCGGCACGAGGACGGCCGGCUGACCUACGCCUUUCGCGGCGGCGAGUCGCUGGUGCUUCGCCGACUGCUGGAGGACCACGGCUACCUCCCGUCGCCGACGGCCGACGCGGACCUCGUCUGGUCGAGCGGCCACGUCGGUCCCGAGACGCUGCUCUCGCUGCCCCGGCACGCAAAGGUGAACCACUUCCCUCGGUCGGGAGUGAUCACGCGGAAGGACCUGCUCGUCCGGACGAUCGCGAUGCUGCGCGCGCGGUGCGGACGCGCCGCGUACGAGUACCUGCCCCUCUCUUUUGUGCUCCCCGCCGACGCUGCCGCUUGCACAGCCGCGAUGGGCCGCGACGGCGGCGCGACUUGGAUUGCAAAGCCGAUCGCGUCGAGCCAGGGCCGCGGCAUCUCGCUGCUGGGCAGCUCGGCCAAGCUGCCGGUGGGGGAGGACUGCGUGGUCUCUCGCUACGUGGCGCGGCCCCUCCUGAUCGACGGGUACAAGUUCGACCUCCGCCUGUACGUCGCCGUCUCGUCCUUCGAGCCGCUGCGCGCGUAUGUCUUCGAGGAGGGCCUCUGCCGCUUCUCGACGGCGCGCUACUCCGACCCAGCGGACGGGGGCUCGGCGGCGGACGCGGACGUGUUUGCCCACCUCACAAACUACUCCAUCAACAAGCGGUCCUCCCACUUCGUGCCGAACGCCGACGCGGCCGACGACGGCUUCGGCUCAAAGUGGUCCCUCUCGGCGCUCAAGCGCUGCCUCGCGCGCAACGGCGUCGACGUGGCCGCGCUGUGGCGUCGGGUGGACGACUUGCUGCUGCGCACGCUGAUCGCGGCCGAGCCGUCGGUGGCGGCGGCGGGGCGGCAGGUCGGCACCGCUGGCGGGCGCGCGUCGUGCUUUGAGCUCCUCGGCUUCGACGUCCUCAUUGACGAGUGUCUCAAGCCCUGGCUGCUCGAGGUGAGCCUGGCUGGUGAAUGA